GCCAUCUCUAUUAUCUAGCCCACUAUAUAAUGUUAUAAAGCCCUACUUUCGUUUUCUCCGAGACGAAAACCCUAAAUUCCUGAAGCUCGUCCUCUUCGUCGCCUCUCUCGUACCCAGCAGCGAUAAUGCCUUUCAAGCGGUACGUUGAGAUCGGGAGAGUUGCUCUCGUUAACUACGGGAACGAUUAUGGGAAGCUCGUCGUUAUAGUCGAUGUUAUCGACCAGAAUAGGGCUCUUGUUGAUGCUCCUGACAUGGUGAGAAGCCAAAUGAAUUUCAAGAGGCUCUCACUGACAGAUAUUAAAAUUGACAUCAAGAGAACCCCAAAGAAGAAUACCCUGAUUGCUGCCAUGGAGGCAGCAGAUGUGAAGAAUAAGUGGGAGAAAAGUUCAUGGGGCAGGAAGCUGAUUGUCCAAAAGAGAAGGGCCUCUCUCAACGACUUUGACAGGUUCAAAAUCAUGCUGGCAAAGAUCAAGAGGGGUGGAGCUAUCAGGCAAGAGCUUGCAAAGCUGAAGAAAGAGAGCGCAUGAGUAGAGUUGAUUUGGAGAAAUCAAUUUUGUUUGUGGUUUUUGAAGUUGUCAUCAGUAACUAAAUUUUUAUUUUUUCGCUCGUCUUAUCUUGGUACUUGUUAAGAGGCUAAAGCAUUUCGAUUGGUAGUAAUAUUGGUCAAUGCAUCGGAUAUGAUCAGUUUUAGUGAGAAUUUUUAUUGUUCAGUAAACUCAUUAAUUUUUGAAUCUAUAUUGCUCGUGUGAACA